AUGCUGACGACCUCUGUGCUCAUCGUGAACCUAAUUCUGCAAUACGUGUCUUCACAAAACGCUGGCUUUGUGAAAUCGCCAAUGUCUGAGACAAAGCUCACAGGAGACACCUUCGAGCUUUACUGCGACGUGGUUGGUAACCCCACGCCGGAGAUCCAGUGGUGGUACGCCGAAAUAAACCGAGCUGACUCUUUCAAGCAGCUGUGGGAUGGUGCCCGGAAGCGGCGAGUCUCCAUCACCACGGCCUACGGGACCAAUGGCGUAAGUGUGCUGGGUGUCACGCGCCUUACACUUGAGGACUCGGGAACCUAUGAGUGCAGGGCCAGUAACGACCCGCGACGCAAUGACCUGCGCCAAAAUCCUGCCAUCACCUGGAUCCGAGCUCAGGCCACCAUAUCCGUGUUGCAGAAGCCAAAGAUCAAUGCCUCUGAUCAGGAGAUUUUGCCAGCUAAGAAGCCACAUGAAGACAAUCCUCCUGUAACUGUACAAUGCAACCUCACCAACUCUCACACCACCCAUAAAGAAAGCUUCUGGAUGAAGAACAAUGACGAAAUCCCCAAUACAAGAAAAGGGUUAAAGAACACAGAGCUAACAUUGAAGAAACCAAGAGCAGAAGAUGCAGGAGAAUACAUGUGUGUUUACACCUUUGACAUGGCUCCCAAUGCCAACGCUUCUAUUGAAGUCAAAGCGGCUCCUGAAAUCACCAGUCACAAGCGAAGUGAGAAUAAAAAAGAAGGAGAGAGUGCGCUCCUGUACUGCAAAUCUGUAGGAUACCCACAUCCCAUCUGGACAUGGCGGAAAAAAGUCGGCCAAGGAUCAUAUGUAGACAUCGACAACAGUACAGGACGUUUCUUCAUCCUCAACAAGGACAAUUACACAGAAUUAAACGUUAUCAAUCUAGACAUCAGUACAGACCCUGGCGAGUAUGCCUGCAUCGCCUCAAACGCUAUUGGAACUAAAGAAUCAAUGUUGAUCCUGCGAGUGCGCAGUCAUUUGGCCCCACUUUGGCCAUUUCUGGGAGUGUUAGCAGAAAUCCUCAUUCUGGUCGUCAUCAUUGUGGUUUACGAGAAACGCAAAAAGACGGACGAGGAACCAGACGAUGAAGAACCAACUGGAUCAACAAAAACCAAUUCCACUAACAACCACAAAGACAAAAACCUGAGACAACGCAAUACUAACUGAGCAAAUAAAAUGACUGACAGCACAUCUUGACCGUAUGAAGGUAUCCAAGGAGAGCAAAAGCUCCUGCAUUUCUAAUAAAGCAUAUCCUGCCUCACUUGGCGAAAGAAACCACGACAGCAUAUCACUGGCAGAAAAGAACAAUAAGGACUGUCUUAAGCAUGCCUUAUUCAGUCUUAUGGUGUGUGUGAGCACAAAUGAUCAAAUCCACGUAA